GAUUAUAUGGUGAAUGUAACAGAGGAAUUUCUGGAGUUCAUUGCGGACGGAGCUCUUGCUAUUGAGGUCUGGGGUCACAGAUGUGCUGGAAACGGAACCUCCAUAUGGGAGGUAGAUUCUCUUCGUGCAAAAUCUAGGACCUUGAGAGACAGGUGGAAUGAAGUAACACGUCGAAUAGAAAUGUGGGUUUCAAUUCAAGAACUAAAUGAAAUUGGUGAUUAUGCAGCUGUGGAGCUUCACCAGGCAAAAGAUGUAAACACAGGAGGAAUUUUCCAACUUAGACAGGGUCAUUCUCGUAGAGUUCAGGUGGUAGUUAAACCAGUGCAACACUCGGGAACAUUGCCACUUAUGGUUGAAGCUAUUCUGUCCGUUUCCAUUGGCUGUGUGACUGCCAGAUCAACCAAACUGCAACGGGGCUUAGACAGUUACCAG